AUGUCGGACGAUCUGCGCGCCAACCUCAUGAUGGGGCACAUGGCAGUGAAACAGGCUACGAAGCGAAGCAAGAACAGGCGACAGCAACGCGCUAUUGAGUCCCGUCAAAUUGGCAACCUCGGCUGCAACGUCGCCCGCUUGAAGAUCGUGAGCGCCAUCUCGUCGACCAAGAGCAGCGUCGGCGAUAUCAAGGACCCGGCCGUCAAGGACGCCGCGGCGGCCGGCCUCAAGCAGGCCAACGACGGAAUCGGCAAGAUUGCGAGCGCUCUGCUCACCGGCCAAAAAGCGGCGGCGACGGACCGCGACACCGUGGCAGCUGGACUGCAAGCAACCGGCACGGCUCUGCAAGGGGGCGACCAGACUGAUGACGCAGUGAAGAAGGCAGGGGAAUCCCUCCAGAAGGCGGUUGCUGCUGGACAAGACGUCGUCUCUAAAUGCAAGUGA